UCUACUAAGCCACACACAGUGCUCAAAUAAUGUAGGAGAGUGCAAAAGUUCUAGGUACUUUUGAUGGUUAGCUUCUUAUCCAUCAUGCAGUGCCAUCGGGGAGGCAUCUGAUUUCCCCCACAUUCUCUCUGUAGCAUAACAGCAACAUCACAGAGACAGUCUGGGAUUAAAUAAGAGCACAGAUCAGCUGAGAUGGUUAUUCAUGCCAUUAUUACUGAAAGAGUCCUCUCUUCACUUUUUACUUUAACUUUAUAAAGCUUUUCAGUGUAAUUUCCAUACUUUCUUUGUUUGUUGCAUCUCUUUAAAUCGUGAUGUGAACUUCCCCUCUAGGGUUUUUUUUUUUUUUUACAUUUCAAAGCCUAAACACUCCAACUAUUUGGACUCUGUCCUUGAGUGCUUUUAUUUUGAAGGCGAGUGUAACAUCCGGUUUCCGUACAUAAACUUGAGAGAGCUCGAUGACUUGAUGUAGUUCAUUGCCAGUGUAAAACUCCUGCUCCAGUGGCACUCCGGCGCUGUCAGGUGAGAGCACCGCUGAGAGUGGAGCUUCACUGACGCAGGAAAUCGCUCUUGUAAAGACGGGAUUCACGUUUCGGGACUGUUGGACAAAUUUCAACGACACUCCGACACUUUUUUCAAAGCGAGAGCUCCCACGGGCUCUCCAGAAUGUUCCCUUUGAGGAAAGUAUCUUAUAGGUAGCAAUCAAUCACAGUGGACUGUGACGUGGAGAUGGUCACGUGGGCUGCUUUGCUGACAGUAUGCAUAUGGAUACAAACACGAGUUGCCUCAGGACAGCACGCAUGUCCUCCUGCUCCUCACGGAGAGGUGGAUUUCACUGUAAAUUACUCCCUCCCCUACUUCCAAUCGGAGAAUCCCAUACAGAACAUAGAGGUGCACUGGGGAACGCAUCAGCCAGAUGUGUACGUUGGAUGCCAGAAUGUAAUAGUGGCAGUCAACUAUACAAUGCAGAAAGUAUGGGAAGUGAGAACUGGACCUGUUGGCAGUCCAGAAUGUGAAACCUGUCAGGCAUGCCACAUAGAAACAGAUCCAGGGGAUCCAGUGAAUACAGACAACGAGGUUCUGCUUUUGGAUCCUGCUGGAUUUCUUUUACCAUACUUGUACAUUUGUGGGAGCACUCAGCAUGGGAUCUGUUACUUCAUUAAUAUUGAAUCUCAACAGCAUGAGCCUCAGUGUUUAUACAAAAAAGAGGACAACUUUCCAUCCUACUGUCGUGACUGUCUGGCCAGCCCACUCGGCACUAAAGUCACCAUCAUUGAAGAUGGAGCCACAUCAUACUUCUUUGUAGCAUCCUCUGUCAAUGAGAAAGUGGCGCAUACGUAUCCCAGGAGGUCGAUAUCGGUGGUGAGGCCACUCUCAACUGAAGAUGGCUUUCAUAUGGUCAUGAAGGGCCUGACAGUGCUCCCCAGUCUCCAGAACUCUUACAAGAUUAAUUACAUCUACAGCUUCUCUACCAAGGACUUCGUCUACUUCGUCUCCCUGCAGAGGGAAGAUCCCUUCAAGAGCAAUUCAGCUUUUCAGACCCGUCUGGGACGGCUGCCGAUAUCCAUCCCUGAGGUGUGGAUGUACAGAGAGGUGGUCCUGGAGUGCCGCUUCGAACCAAAACGCAGGAGGAGAAGGAGUGAUGGAUUCAUCAGGGACACUGUGUAUAACGGGCUUCAGGCGGCCUACUUUGGGCAAGCAGGGAAGAACUUGGCUGCCGAGCUGGGGGUGGACAAGAGAGAGGAUAUUCUGUAUGGGGUGUUUGCUGAGGUGGAUGAGAACGGUCAACCUCAAAAAAACUCAGCCCUGUGUGCCUUCCCUUUGAGUAACGUAAACCAUGCAAUUGACAAAGGCGUGGAGGCCUGCUGUAAGUCAGGGACAGAGCAGCUGUCCAGAGGUCUCUGCCACUUCCAGCCAUGUGAGAGCUGCCCACAUGAAAACUCUGAAGGUAAUGACACAUGCAGCACCAUGCCCACCCUGGUGUCAGCACCGCACUACAGAGUUGACCUCUUCAAUAGCAAGAUGAGCAAUGUCCUGCUCACUGCUGUACUGGUCACCACUAUUGGGGAUUACACACUGGGCCACUUUGGUACCUCAGAUGGCAGGAUACUGCAGGUGAUUCUUACCACGCACGAGCUCAAGGUUUUUGCCAACUACUCUCUGGGAGAGACCGCAGUAUCCAGGACAGCAGCUGUGUACUCCCAGGAUUCACUUCUCUUUGUAGUUGGCAAUAAGAUGUUCAGGGUGCCCUCUGCGGGUCCAGGGUGCGCACAUUUCAGGACAUGCUCCAAGUGUUUGACGGCUCCACGCUUCAUGAACUGCGGCUGGUGUUCAGAAAUCUGCUCGAGGCAGGAUGAGUGUACCUCGCAGUGGAACAAAGACUCCUGUGCACCUGUCAUAACAGAGUUCUUCCCGAAAAUGGCACCUGCUGGCGGUGAGACGGAGCUGACGUUGUGCGGCUGGGAUUUCCAGUCCCCUCAGCGACCAGCCAUCAUCAGCGGCAAGACCCACAUUGUCACGGUGGGCACCGGGAACGUGUGCGUUGUCCUGCCUGGGAAGAGCAGUAGUAAAGUGCUAGUGUGCAAGAUUCAGGAAAAAAGACCAAACCAGAACCUUAGCAUCAUUUUGGAAGUGCACGAGGGGAAAGUGGAAGGCCACUACUCAAUCGAAGGCACGGCUCAGAUGCCUGGCUUCUCUUUUGUGGAGCCUAGCAUAACAGAAAUCAGGCCUGACAAUGGGCCUGUGUUUGGAGGAACAACAGUCACACUGACGGGCAGGUAUCUGAACUCUGGGAUACAGCGAGACGUCUUCUUCGAUAACAAAAAGUGUACCGUUCAAAGUGCUCCUGAAGGAAAUGAGACUUUAUCCUCAAUCGUCUGCCAAACAGCAGCUGCAGCAGGCGUUGGGAAGGUCCCAGUGAAAGUCACCAUUGACGGCUUCAAAGUGAUUGCCAAUAAGAUGUUCUCUUACAAGAAAAACCCCGUUAUAACCUCUGUGCUUCCUCGUUGCAGUUUCAGCAGUGGCUCCAAGCUGGUGAUAGAAGGUCAGAAUCUUGACUCUGCCCACAAAACUGUGCUUCAGUACACUUCCAAAAAUCCCCUCAUGCCAUCUCUUCAACAAGUCUGCAACGGCACAGCAAAUGCCACGCACAUGGAAUGCUGGGCCCCUGCUUUUCAAGAGGAAAUGCCAGAGGAGAAGUCUGACAUCGGAGUGAUCUCUAUUCACAUGGAUGGACAAAAAGACCUCUGGGAGAAACGUUUUGAUUACCACCCUGAUGCCAAAGUCAUUCCCUUUGAAAAUGAUGACAAAGAAUUACUUCUAAAGCCAGGAGAGACAGAAGUCUCACUGCAUCAUAACAAACUGAAUACAGUAAGCAAAUGUAUGAAGAUCAAGAUGACCAUUGGCGGUGUGGACUGCAACGUUCAGGUUCUGCUAAAUGAGCUGACGUGCAGGAUUCCUAAAGGCCUGGUUGUCCCCAGUGAGGGAUCACCUGUCAAGGUGUUUGUGAACGGGGAAGAAUUUGACGUUGGUACUGUAGUGUAUUACGACAACAAGACUGCGAUUGCAGGCAUUGUGCUGGGCAUCAUUGCUGCACUGGUAUUAGGUGCUACCCUUGCAUUGGUUGUAAUGAUCCAUUUAAGGAAGAAAAAGAGAGCCAGCAUAGAGAACCGUUUAUCAACAAUGAUUUCACGGAACCGCAUGAGCAGCAACCCUGAUUUCUCACCAACAGGUGACUACAGGCGAGUGGAUCUGUCCAGUCAAACAUCAGGAUCAGGAGGAAUGGCCUUCCAAGGUUUAUUAUAUGCUGCCAGCUAUGAUCAUCUGGCCAUUCCUUUAGUGCCACGGGACAAUAUCUCAGUGGUCAGCCUGAGCUCUGAUCUCCUUGAAGAGGUCAAAGAUGUGCUGAUCCCUGCAGAGAUGCUCAGAAUUGAGGAUAGUCAGAUAAUUGGCAAAGGUCACUUUGGGACAGUUUAUCAUGGAUACCUGAUAGACAGCAAUAAGCAGGAGACCCACUGUGCUGUUAAAUCACUGAACAGGAUCACAGAUCUGGGGGAGGUGGACCAGUUCCUCAGAGAAGGCAUCAUCAUGAAAGGUUUCCACCACCCAAACAUACUGUCUCUGCUGGGCAUCAUGCUGCCCAAAGAAGGGCUCCCUCUGGUGGUGCUACCAUAUAUGAAGCAUGGGGACGUGCGUCAUUUCAUUCGUUCUGAGAAAAGGAACCCGACAGUGAAAGACCUGAUUGGCUUUGGGCUUCAGGUUGCCAAGGGGAUGGAGUAUUUAGCCCAGAAGAAAUUUGUCCACAGAGACCUGGCUGCACGUAACUGCAUGCUGGAUGAAACCUUCACAGUAAAGGUGGCUGAUUUCGGCAUGGCGAGGGACAUCUAUGACAAGGAGUACUACAGCGUCCAAGACCACAAACGGGCAAAGCUGCCGGUGAAGUGGAUGGCCAUUGAAAGCCUGCAAACACAGAAGUUCACGACCAAGUCUGAUGUGUGGUCAUAUGGCAUCUUAAUGUGGGAACUGUUGACCAGAGGUGCCAACCCCUAUCCAGAUGUGGACCCCUAUGACAUCACGCACUACUUGUUAAAGGGACGUCGGCUUGCACAGCCCCAGUUUUGCCCCGACACUCUCUAUUCAAUCAUGCUGACAUGUUGGGACCCAGAGCCUGAGUGCAGACCUAGCUUCCACAGCCUGGUUUCAGAAGUGCAACACAUCCUGUCCUGUCUGGAAGGAGAGCACUACAUCAGUCUGAAGGUUACCUACGUCAACUUAGACCAGCCAAGGCCUUACCCCUCACUGACUGGAUCUGCAGAUGAGGCCGAGGCCUCAGACUUGGACGCAGAUUGUCACGCUGCCAGCUGAGUGCCUCUGAGUCCUAAGACUCUCUGACAGGAGCAGGAUCUGGAUCCAAGUUGGAAAGCAUUACAAGAUGAGGGACAGCUUGCCUCGUUAUGUAGAUUGUCAAUCAUGUCCAUGAACCUGAGGAAAUGAGGUCUGGCUACUGAUUUAAGAUGCUGUACGUACCACAGACUCUUACUGGACCUGAGACAAAAUCAUGCUGAAGUUCCACGCCCUUGCUGCUACAUUUUAUUUGUAGCAAAACAGAGACCACAUGUAGAUGGAAGUAAAUUUUUUUUUUUUUUUUUUAACAUCGGAAGCAUAAGUGUGAAUGAGACGAAGUGAAUGUAACAUACUUUUGUUCUCAAUGUAUAGAAAAGGAUGUCAGCAUACAUGAGGAUAUUUUAUAUAUGUCUCUAAGUCAGCGCAUUAGACAUGGAGCCCAUGAAUGCUGGCUUGUGCUCAGGGGUGAACUUUUUUACUUUUUUCCAAACAUUUUUAUCACCACAUGGGAACAAAACGUAGAUUAUAUUCCUUCAUAAAGGUUGUAGAAUGUAAACUUAAUACAAGGGUACGUUUAAAUGCAGAAUAGCUCCACUGACACAGCUCUGCACCUACUGAAUUAUACAGCAAGCUUUAUGUGCUGCAGAUAUCAACUGUACCUGUCAUUGUCACUAGAGGGCAACCAACACCUCCUUCUACUGGAGUUGCCUGCUGCAGUUACGCUCUGCACUACAGCAGUCAGCUCAACACAAGGUGUUACACAAACAGUACAACUCUAUCUGUCGAAUGAACAUGACAAAUUCAAUCUUUCAAUUCAAUCAACACAGCACAACAUGUGGCACAUUUUGGGGGGUUUCUUUGUUUGUUUGUUUUUGCAUGUAAUUAAAAUGAUCUCCACAGCAAACUAGACAAUCAAAGGCAUUUUAGAAUGUAUGCACUGAUUUUUUUAUUUUUUAUUUUUUGACAUUAAGUAUGGUUUAACUAAAGAAAUAGUUUAUGUUGACCAGCAAUCUUUAUACCAAGGACAAUGACUUUGGUCUUGAUAUACUUGAUUUUUGUUAUUGCUGCAUUUCUUUUCUUUCUUUCAAGAUUGAACUGUGCUCUGGGUUGCACUGUAAACAGUGUGUUUUGUACAUGAACACAGUUUAUUGCACAUACUUGUCUCUAAAAUGUGUCAACAAAUGAAAUGUCUCCCUAAUUUUCUUACCUCAUCCCCACUAACACAAAAUCCUGCUGCAGAUGGGCAAUCAAGACAGUUCCACCUAAAAAAAGGACCACUUCAUUCUAAACUAUUUUAUCUAGUAUUCUACAAAAAUUGCAGAUAACAACAGCAAGAGAAAGCACAUGAGUCCCUCAUGAAAGUGUCUUAUCAAAGCCACUGAAGAAAAAAAGGACUGUGAGUACAAUGACACAGGUCUGAGGCAGCUCAGCUCUUGUUCUCUGCCAGGUGGAAGAGAGGAAAAACACACACUGUUAGAGGUCUGACUUAUGUCAGCUCAACCAGAGUGAAAACUGCAUGCUUCUGCCUAAUCUGUGUAUCUAGCAUUUGUAAUACGCUCUAUGAAUAAUUUAUGUAUCUAAAAAAAGAUUUUUUUAAUCCCUUGCCUUCAGGUACAAGGUGGCGGUAAUAAUGACAAGCUCUGGUUGUGUUCAGGUAGAGGUUCAGGAUUUGAAAAUGAGGUGAUGCUUCCAGCUGAGCUGACUGAGCAGAAAGCCAAACUGAUAGACUGAACAAUUGUCACGCAAGAGAUUUAUUAAAGACAUGCAGAAGCAAACAUAUGAUGCAACACGCCCAGAUGGUGACUGGUCAGUUGAAGAUCUGAAUACUGAUCUUUUUAAAGGGUAUUUACUUACUGAGAGCUUUAGCAAUCAUUGCAUUUACAAGACAAGGGGUUAGAAUCCGCCCUGUAGACAGCACUACUCCAGCUGGACAAUUUCAGUAGAAGAACAGAAGCGAUAGAAAUAGAAGCAAAACAAAAAAUAAUAUGGUGUUGCUUUCCACAGCUGGACACAACUCUUGCCCAGCAAUGUUUCUUCUAGACUCAAACAGCUCUUAAAGCUAAUUUUGGCUAUUUAGCGAUGGCAACAACCUACAUAUAGCACCUUUUAAAAGCAAGUGUUGGACCAAGUUUUCUGUACUCUUCAUAGUGUCACCUUGUAAAGACAUCAUGAUUAAUUUGCCAGUGCAGCCUCUGGGAUUGAAUGGAUGCCAUUGGCAUUUAGAAUAAAAUUUGGCAUGAAACAAGAACACUAGUCUCACAUAGCCAGACCUAUCUCCACAAUUUGAGAUGAAAGAAGAAAGAUUGGCAUCAGCUUUGAGAAUGAAAAAGUCUUGAAAAAAAUAGAAAAAUAGCACAGUGGCAACAAUUCUUCAUUUUCCCCAUUUUGUUAUGAUUUUAUCAUUUUUUUGGCAGUGUUUCUUUUUUCAGUUCAGGUUUUGAUUUCAACACAGAAAACAAAUGCUGUACUGGAUGACUUCCAGGUUUGACCCUGUAAACAGUCUAUCUAUCUAUCUAUCUAUCUAUCUAUCUAUCUAUCUAUCUAUCUAUCUAUCUAUCUAUCUAUCUAUCUAUCAGCUAUGUGUAGAUUAUCAAGUGUGCUGGCAAGCAUCAGGUGAAACACUGUUAACUUUAUAACCUCCACUUGCUGCUUUUUGAAACAAAAUGAACCAAUAACCAGACAAUUCAGUGAAUGUGUCGACUUCAUCACUUGUGUUAGAAAAUCAGCCUCUUUACGCUCUGACACAACAUAAAAGGCUUGUCUGCAGUUUAUCUAGCACUGUCAUAUAGUUGGGAGACAUGCAGAAGCUGAUAAUUAGGGUAAUUCUUAUAUGAUGUGAAUGUGGCGUCAGUUUAAGUCAAGUUAACCUGGAGCCACAGAAAACACUGUACAACUUUUUUCAGAGGCUGAGGGGUGCUCCUAAUUUCAUGAGAAAACUUCCCUUUAAAGAAGUUUGUUUCUAGAGGGACAAAACAAUCCUUGUUCUUAGAGAAGUCAGAAAGAAGUUCCUGAGUAGCUACAAGUUUCAGUUGGUCUAUAUAUUCAGAAGCACCAGAUAUGCCUCCACCUCCACCCCCAACUCACACUGACACACACACACACACACAGCCCCAACUGAGGGGGAAUAGCUGCACUGAGAGCAGACCCUAAAGUAUCUGGUCUAAAAUUCCUUUUGUUGUCUUCAAGUGUAUAUAUUUAUAAAUAUUUUACACUUUCAUUUCACACUGCCCUGGUUUUGAAGCAGGGUUCGGUUGGAAUCUGUGAAACUGCAAAUAUCAUACAGCAGCUGUUGUGUGAUCCAUGACAAACCGGACAAGGGAAAAGAAACCAGCUAGUCUUGGCUAGCUGUUUUCUGCCAAGACUUACACAAAAUUUGUCCUCCACAGAUGGGAGAACACAGGAAAAGUACUGAUAUCCAAUUAGCACACCCAGUGUCAUUGUGAACUGUGGUGAUGAAUGAGGAUGGACCACUGCUUUUAAAGUCAAAUCUGACUCUUGAUGGUGCAUGUUCAGCCUGAUGUAAGCUAAAAACGUAUGUGACCAAGUAAAUUCUACAUUUGCUUUAGGGUUGCUAUUCCUUUUUAUUGACUGGUCAGAGACACUGCAGAGAGUUCACUGACCCACAGAGAUACAAUCACUAACAACUGAUCAAGCAUGCUAAAAACAAGCUGGAUGUCUCAGACAAGGUUGUGAGCUUUGGAGCAGUGGGGCACUGACCCUGUCUCAGCAGGGCGGUGACAAAGCUCUGCUACCAUGUCUAUUCAUACUUUUCAUCUGGCAUUCCUCUGUAACAGAUGCAACCACUUAGUGAGGUUUUGGCCUUUAUUGUACUAUGUAGCAUCAGUUCUGCAUUGCACCACUUGGUAUAAAAUGGCCUGAGGACUAAGACAAGAAAAUAAAAUAAACUUGCCUGA